GGCGGCGGCGGCGGCGGCGGCGGCGUCAUGUUUUCCCUCAAGCCCCCCAAGGCCACCUUCAAGUCCUACCUUUUGCCUCAGAGUGAAGAAAAGAUUACACCAGAGCCCAGGCUUAAGAAAUUGGAGCCAGUUCUUUUGCCAGGUGAAAUUGUUGUGAAUGAAGUGAACUUUGUGAGGAAAUGCAUUGCAACAGAUACAAGCCAGUAUGAUCUGUGGGGCAAGCUGGUUUGCAGCAACUUCAAGAUAUCCUUCAUUACGGAUGAUCCCAUGCCACUUCAGAAGUUCCAAUACAGAAACCUUCUCUUGGGAGAACAUGAUGUUGCACUAACAUGCAUUGAACAGAUAGUCACAGUAAAUGACACAAAGAGGAAACAGAAAGUUCUGGGCCCUAACCAAAAACUCAAAUUUAAUCCAACGGAAUUAAUCAUUUACUGCAAAGACUUUCGUAUUGUCCGAUUUCGUUUUGAUGAAGCAGGACCAGAAAGUGCAAAAAAGGUGUGCCUUGCAAUAGCACAUUACUCCCAGCCAGCAGAUCUACAGCUCCUCUUUGCAUUUGAAUAUGUGGGCAAGAAAUACCAUAAUCCAGCAAAACAAGUGAACGGAAUAGACCCUGGAGGAGGUGGCGGAGGGAGUGGCCAGCAGACCCCCCUGUUUGAAACAUAUUCAGACUGGGAUAGAGAGAUCAAGAGAACAGGGGCAUCAGAAUGGCGCGUGUGUUCAGUCAAUGAAGGCUACAUGAUCUCUACCUGUCUUCCAGAAUACUUCGUAGUGCCAUCAUCCUUGGCAGAUCAAGAUCUAAAGCACUACUCCUACUUCUUCACUGGGAGACGAAUGCCAAUGUGGUGUUGGAAUCAUUCCAACGGAAGUGCUCUUGUGAGGGUGGCCAACGUCAAGGAUCCACUGCAGCAGCGCAAAAUAGACCAACGGAUUUGCAAUGCAAUCACUAGAAGUCAUCCGCAGAGAAGCGACAUCUACAAAUCUGACUUGGACAAAAGUCUGCCAAAUAUCCAAGAAAUCCAGACUGCCUUCCUCAGACUCAAGCAAUUAUGCGUGAAUGAACCUUUUGAAGAAACGGAGGAAAAAUGGUUGUCCUUGUUGGAUAAUUCACGUUGGCUAGAAUACGUGAGAGUCUUUCUGAAGCAUUCUGCAGAACUCAUAUAUAUGCUGGACAAUAAGCAUGUUUCAAUAGUUUUACAAGAGGAAGAAGGGCGUGACCUGAGCUGCUGUGUGGCUUCCCUCGUCCAACUGAUGGCAGAUCCCUAUUUUCGGACCAUUGCGGGAUUCCAGAGCCUGAUCCAGAAGGAGUGGGUCAUGGCAGGCUACCCGUUUCUAGAUAGGUGUAAUCACCUGAAGAAAUCCGACAAAGAGUCUCCCUUGUUUUUGAUGUUCCUGGACUGUGUCUGGCAACUGCUAGAGCAAUACCCACCCGCCUUUGAGUUUUCUGAAGCCUACUUGACAAUAUUGUACGACAGUACGCGGAUCUCACUGUUUGGCACUUUCCUCUUCAACUCACCACAUCAGAGAGUAAAGCAAAGCACGGAAUUUGCCAUAAGUAAAAACAUCCAGCUGGGUGAUGAGAAGGGCUUGAAAUUUCCUCCUGUUUGGGAUUGGUCCCUACAGCACACGGCAAGGGAUCGCAUGCUCUUUCACAACCCUUUGUAUAUUGGGAAGAGCGCACCCUGCGUACACAACGGGGCCGUGAAAUCUUUUAAACGAACAAAGAAGAACUACAGUUCAACACUCAGAGGCCUGCCGCCAUCCCUAAGGAAUGGAAUAAUCAGCGAGCAAGACUUUCUUCCGAGAAGAAAUUCACUAAUACUAAAACUGAAACCCGACUUCUUUCAUCACACGGACAGCAACCCCAGUGGCCUGGAGCAAUAUUUCAGAGAGUGGUUUUCUAAGCCGGUUGACCUGCAUGGUGUAAUCCUACCCCGUCUCUCUGGAACGCAAAUCAAACUCUGGAAACUCUGCUACUUCCGCUGGGUGCCUGAGGCACAGAUCAACAGCGGAGGGUUCAUUACCGCUUUCCAUAAGAUUUCUUUGUUGGCGGAUGAAGUCGAUGCACUGAACCGGAAUCUGCGGCAACACAUCAGCAGCCCGCCUUUGCUAGCCCACACUUCCGAACUGGAGCAAAGCCGGAUGUACUUUAGAGCAAACGGGCUCCAUGAUGUUUCUGCCACGCCAGAGUUCCUCUCUUCUUCUUUCCCAUUUUCACCUGUAGGGAAUCUUUGCCGACGGAGCAUUCUGGGGACACCGCUGAGCAAAUUCUUAAGUGGUGCCAAAAUCUGGUUGUCCACAGAGACGCUCGCCAACGAAGACUGACAGCGUUUAGACCGAUAAGGGAGUGAAGGAGAAGAGACUGACGCGUCAUCUUUACGCAACACUGCUAACCGCAGCCCGGAAGCUGUAAUAACUUGAUAUACAAAGGCUACCAAUUUUUUUGCACAAAGUAUUUAAAAGCAAAAGCACGUCAUGCUUUGAAAUCGCACAACUUUUUUUUAUUGUUUUCUGCAAAGGUCUAGUUGACCAUCUUGUCUUGCUUUCAGUCGUUCCUGCUGCUUUCUGAAUCAGGCUUGUUACAUAAGGGGAACACGUUGUUUGAGGUUGGUUUCUUCCCCCUUCACCAACAAAGGUUUGGUGACUAAUUAUGUUUCGUGUUGCUACGCUGUUGCUGACUGAAGCAAAUUUCUUGUCAGCUUGGCUUGAUAGAUAAAUGAAGGCAGACAUCAAAGGGGGGGGAAUAGAUUUGCAGGGUCAGAAUUGAUUGCUAUUACUGGUGUAAAUACAAGAGCGCUGUUUUUUGUCAAGUUACAAAUUUUACAGCAUGAUCCAGCUAGGGUUAGGCAGUUUAAACUCCUGUUGGUUUUAAUGGUACUUUUAAAGUAUCCUGUUGAAACAAAUUAGAUGGUUUAGCUUGAUCUGCCUAGUUUAUGAACACUGUGGGCAUGAUCUGAGUUUAGCCUGUGAGUCUAUUUUCCCUCGUCACUCUUUAUCCAGCAUCUGAGGCUGCUUUUUUAGUUUACAAAUCUACCUACAGAGCUCUGCCUACAGGACAGCGUGCGCAGUCAGAGGGUCCAGCGCUGGUGUAACUGCUGCCAGCCUCUUAACUGGGGUUAAGAUUGAGAGUGAGCUGCGGAAACACGCAACUCUCUUCUUUUCUCCUCUCGUGUGUAAAUCCCCCCUCUUGCUCUAACCAUGGUUAAGGCAUACCUUGGCACCAGUGUUUACUGUGUCAGGGCUCCCUGGGAUUCCCCUUAACCCAUGAUCAGAAACCAUAGUUUCACAACCUAGGUUAAAAGGCAGUCCUGGGUUAGGUUUAACUGAGGGAAUUUGCUGCCAUGAUUGGCUCUAGAUCGCUUCACUGCAGAUUGGGGCCGUUACUUCUCCACAAUCCCCAAACAACUUUUGUUGAUGAUAGCCUUAAAAGUGCCUUUUCUUGCAUUGAAGUAAGAUUUUUAUCUCUUCAUCAUGGAAUUCAAUUACUCUCAUGUGGUAAGCUACUCAUUAGUAUAACCCAUUUUUGGAGUUUCAUUCAUAUAGUGAUUUCUGGAAGCUACCAAAAGCCAUUUUCCUCUGAGCAGGCAAAGAAACUUUAAUGAUACAAUAUGCUAUGUAUAAAUUAAAACUGUGAACAGGCACUGAAUAUUAGGAGGAAGAUCGCUUUUAAUAAGCCAAAAUCAAGAUUGCUCUAGGACCUCUCACAAAGAAAAUGUUCUUACACAUAUUUUAUGUUUCUGGAGUAAGCAUUUGGUGUUCCUGGGAUGUUUGCCAAUUCUUCCGUGGCCAAAACAGCAUGCUCUCUGACUCCCAGAUCCUUGAGAUAAUGGUGCAGGGAAUCUGAUACUACAUUGGUACUGGGGCUGUAUUCCCAAGGCCAUGGUAGACUGGGUUACUUAAUGUUGCAUGUCACACACGUGGCCAGAGCACUUGUAUGAAAAUCUUUAAAAGGUGGGUGAAGAUUCUACAGUGGGUAGAGCUCGCUGAUGUGUUUAGCAUAAGAUAGCAAUCUGUAGCCAGCUCCUCCAGUAGCAGAUGACUCCCUCAUCAUUAUCUUUUAGCUGCUUCCCAUUCUGCCCUACAAUUCUGCUAAUCAGCUGUUUGGAUGAGGUUAAAUCCAGACUGAUUUCACCCCCUUGCUAAUCAGAAUGCUCCCAUUUUUAUCUGUGUGUGCGUGUAAUGCCCAAGAGCUUUGUUCAUUGGGCAGGAUAGAAAUGCAACAAGUACAUAAAUUUGGAUUAGGCUGGAGAGAUGUGCACACACUCUGUGCCAUUUGCAGUAUUGUCUCAAUCCUCAUUCAGCACCCGUUGACCCGCAGCUGGUUUGGCCAUCAGUGCGAAGUACCACGUGAAAACUCUUUGCUCCCCCCAUUUCCACAGGGAGCCCCCAGCCCACAAAAUGGAAACCCCCAAGGGCUGGUGGUGAUGUUGGUGUGGUCAGCCAUGGGUGUUAACCACCAUGUCCAAGGCAUUUCUCUCGCCAAGAUUAUUGUCCUUGUUGGAGCGAACAAAGUUUCGUUCCUUCGUGUUAAAUCUCAAGAUGUUUUCUGUCUUUCCUUUUAACCAGGUCAUAGAUUUUACCGAGGUGACUUUUUUAAUUGACUCUCUACUUAUGCCUAAUAGUCUUAACUACAUUUCAGGUGUACCAAAUUUUGCUAAUUAACUGAAAAUUGAACGAAUAUAUAUUUUGCAAGGAUUACUAGGUAAGAUGUUUUAACUUUUUUGAGACUUGUCUUGUAUUAUAUGCCUGUACGAAGGGCCUUUCCUUACAGGAGUCUUUUUUAAUUAAUUGUGCAUUUUUGUAGUUUGUGACCCUUUUUUUAUCCUUUUGUUGUUACAGAACCCUGCCUUGAAAGAAUAGCUGCGUCUAAACUGACCUUACCAAAUAGAGCUAAACGGUUAAGCCAAGAUACCUGAUUAACUCCAGGCGAACAGAGCCUGUGACUGCCCAUGUUAGGAUUAUAAGAGAAACAGAAGCCUCAUUAAUUUAUUGUUAAACAUGCUAAGCAGGAGAGCCUGAAAUUUGGGGGUGUGGGCAUGUGAUCUUUGUUGGGAGAUUCUGUAAUGAUCCAGACAUGGACAGCUUGUGACCCUUCCUGAUGUUUUGGCACUCCACUGCUGAGGAAUUAUGGGAGUUAGGCUAAAACAUCUGGAGGGCCACAAAUCCCCCCCCCCAGUUGUAAUACAAUCCUUGAUGAAAUGUGUGUGGGCAGGAGGGUGUGUGUGUGUGUUGAACAUCCCUAUACCACAGGUGAGCCUUGUCGGUGCAGGGUUUUUUGUUUGGUUUUUUACAGUGCCCUCCAAUCACAGUUAUGGCAGAGUUGUAGCCCCACCCGCUCCUCUCCGUCUUGUGUAUCAUUUUACUGAAGCAGGUUGGUGGUGCCGGAGGCUACCUAUGUUUCUCAAGGCCGUGGGGGGCAUAGGCAGCCGCUAACAUGGCCUGGUCCAGCAUUGCCAGACAGGCCCUUCUAAGCCCUUUGAGUAGGGGACGCACAUUAAACCUUUACAAAACUCGCAUGAGGUCAAAAGCAGCUUCUCACCUCGAGUGUCCCGAGGCAGCGUCCCUGAGUCAGGGAAUUGGGGCGAAGCUGCUUAAAGCAGGCUAUGAACCCCCUUGCUGUCAAGACUGCCAGAGGCCUGAAUGGGCCCGCCCUCCUCCCCCAUCCUCCCUUCUCCAGCCCCUGCUGCUAUAUGCAACUUGUUCACUUAACUCAAGAGGGGGCUUGCAGGAGCCUGGGAACAAUCUACUCCUUUAAAACCAGGUACUUUUUACCUUUUGAGUUUUUUGUAAGUGUAGAAAACGAUAGAUGCUUAUUUUUGUACCUUUUCUCCUUCCUAGCAACAGGCGCUGCUUGGGUUGCUUAAGAGGGCUGCAGUUAUUAAAUUACCCUUUUUUUAAAAAAAAAAACACCAUUUCAUAUAUGGCAGCUUUCCCCAACUCGGUGCCUACCAGGUGCAUCAGCACUGAAAUUCCCAGCAUCUGACUGGAGCAUGCUGGGAGUUGCAGUCCGACACAUCUGAAGGACACCAGGUUGAGGAAGGCUAGCAGGUGUGGUCAAAGUAGAGAUUAAUGCCAUUUAGCUACUGCAGAGUGGAUGUUUGACUGUUACGUAAUUUAUCAUGGAAGUGCAAUUAUAUUUAACCCCUUGUGCAGGCCAUGAACCAAAGAGACGCCACUCCAAAGUGUGUGUUUCGCAAAGGCAGAAGGUACCCCCCGUUUCAAUACUGCUUGCUUUCUUUGGGGGGGAUGUUCCCCCCUUAAUUCCUGGCAGUUAAAUCUCCAAAGAAAAGGUGUACAUUGAAAGCCAAACAGGUCUAGCCUUAUUUAAGGAAAAGGUGAAGCUGUCAGUCAGGAAAGCGGCCUUCUCCACGGCUGCAUCGGGUGGGACUCCUAUGGAAUUGGGAGCCCUUUUCUUUUGCAAUGGAAUCUAAAUAAGCCUUGAUACCUACCAAUGCCUUACUUGAGCAAAGUAGAGCUGGCAGGGCCGCGUACAACCCCUGCCACUGUUGUGAAUGUGAAGUAAAAUCAGGCGUAAUAAAAACAAACCUUUCCACUUC